AUGUAUCAAAGCGGUAAAGACAAAAUGCUACACAAUCAAUCUAUUUCCUUAAAGCCUAAAUCACGAUUUGUAGUUUCAAACGAGGUUCACAAUUAUGUUUCCUUUGUAUACCUUUCAAAAAAUGUAGAGCUUCCGCCUGUUACUCGAGUAUUGCCCAACUCAACAUUACAUCAUCGAAACACCAAGAAAGGCUUCAGCACUGACGGUCCGACUCCUUCGCUUUUCCCCACACGUAGCGUCUGCACUCACGUUGACACUCACGCUGUAUUCACUUCGACACUCGUUGAGUCCCCUGACUUAAAAUUUAGAGCACUGGCAUGGCAACUCGGUUUCGCAUUGGCUCGCAACUUUGCUUUCAACACUGCUUUAGGCACUGGCGUCUACCACUGGAGGGGUAUCUGCACUGGCGUCGAUACUCGUGCUGUAUUCGCUUCGACACUGGUUGAGACCCUUAAAGUAGGGCGCGAUGCACUUCCUUCAACACUGGAGUACACUCGCUUUGACACAGGUUUAGGCUUUUGGCAUGGCACUCGCUCACACUGGCUCGCAACUGGCUUUCAAUACUGCUUUCAGUACUGGCAUUCGCAAACGGAUGGGCUGCAGUUCAAAGUUCGACAGUUGCUGUUAACUUGGCAUGAAUUUAUUCGACAAUUGAAUACAGUUCUGUCUCCUCAUUUAAACAAUGGGCUCUCUGAAAUUAGCUGUAUCAAGAUAAAGACUUGUUGAAUUUAUUGCAUCAAUAAAAAAAAAUCAUGAUAAAAAAAAACGGAGUCAAAAAGAAGACAUAAACAAAAAAAAACACAAUCAAAAAAAACACAAUCAAAACAAAACAU